AUGGGCUAUUUCGAGUUCUUACCAAUUCACAGGAACAAUAGAAUGUUUCUUUGGGAUCAACCUGAACCCUUUUGUAAGCCCAGUGAAGUCUCUUACACACUCUUUCCCACCAUGGGCUAUUUCGAGUUCUUACCAAUUCACAGGAACAAUGAAGUCGUCGAUUCUCUCUCCAUAUCCGAGUCACAUAAUGAGAGAAAAGAACAACAAAUGGUCGAUUUGGUUGAUGUCAAGAUUGGCCAAGAAUACGAGCUCGUUAUUACCACAUAUUCUAGACUCUAUAGCUACAGGGUGGGUGAUGUGCUUUGGGUUACUGGAUACAAGAACAACACGCCUCAAUUCAACUUUGUACGCCGGGAAAAUGUAAUCUUGAGCAUCGAUUCUGACAAGACUGAUGAAUUUGAGCUGCAAAAUGCAGUGAAAAAUGCAGCGAGCAAUCUGAUGACAUUCGAUGCACGUGUAACCGAGCACACACCAGCUAUGCGGAUACUGCCACCAUUCCAGGCCACUAUGUCAUAUUCUGGGAGCUGAGCGAGAAUGGCUCCACCCGGAUUCCUCCUUCGGUUUUUGAAGAAUGUUGCCUCACCAUUGAAGAAUCUUUAA